AUGUGUCAAUCCCCUCUCCACGACUUCCUCCAGGGCCUCCCCAAAUGCGAGCACCACGUCCACCUCGAGGGCUGCAUGUCUCCCGAACUUAUCUUCCACCUUGCUGAGCGCAACAACAUCGCCCUCCCCAAUCCCGCCGACAAUCCCGCCUAUGCUUCCAUUGCCGCCCUGACAGCGCGCUACGAGCACUUUACCUCGCUCGAUGACUUCCUCGCAUUCUACUUCGAAGGCAUGGCUGUGCUCCGUACUGAGGACGACUUCGCUGACCUCGCCUGGUCGUACUUCCAAAAGGCCCACGCUGACGGCGUCCACCACGCCGAGGUCUUCUUCGACCCGCAGGUCCACCAGAGCCGCGGCGUGCCCUACAACACCAUCGUCGACGGCUUCGCUGCCGGGUGCCGCCGCGCCGAGUCUGAGCUCGGCCUCAGCACUCGCCUGAUCCUGUGCUUCGUGCGCCACCUGCCCGUAUCCUCCGCGCAGGCCGUCUUCGACGACUUCAUUCGCGCCGGUCACUACGAGGCCGGCGUCGUCCACGGCCUCGGCUGGUCUAGCACCGAGGUCGGGCCCCCCAAGGACAUGUUCCGCGAGCAAUACGCUGCCGCCGCGGCGCGAGGCAUCCCGUUGACUGCGCACGCCGGCGAAGAGGGUGAUCCGUCGUACAUCAGCACGGCGUUGGAGCUCGGGGCGCGGCGCAUCGACCACGGCAUCCGGCUGGUGGAGGAUGCGGAGCUGAUGAAGCGCGUGGCGCGGGAGGGCGUGUUGCUCACCGUUUGUCCGCUGUCGAAUGUGCGACUACGUUGUGUGCAGUCCGUCGAGCAGGUGCCGGUGCGCAAGUUCCUCGAGGCCGGUGUCAAGUUCUCAAUCAACAGCGACGACCCAGCGUACUUCGGCGGGUAUAUCUUGGACAACUACUGCGCGGUGCAGCAGGCGCAUCAGCUGUCGGUGCUAGAGUGGCGUAUUAUUGCGGAGAACAGUGUGCAGGAGAGUUGGAUCGACGACGCGCGGAAGGCGGAGCUGUUGGAGAAGAUCGAGGCGCAUGUGAAGAAGCAUAUGGUUGCGGCGGAGGCUUGA